AUGGCUUUCUUCCUUUCUCCCCGACUUGUUCUUACUCCCCUUGCCAGGACUUCUCGCCCAGCUGCAGUAUACCGGGUUUUUGUCUCGCGAUACAGCACUAGUACGGAAGAUGAUGUAAUUAAGAUCCAGCAGAUCCCUGCCCCAGGGUCCGGUCAUGUGCGUGUGCUGCAGCUGAAUAGGCCUCAAGCCCGCAAUGCAAUCUCGCGUCACCUGCUCGAAACCCUAUCCAAGAACAUCAAGUCCAUCGCCGCGGAGGAAGGCAAUGGGCCUACCCGGGCUCUAGUGGUAGCGAGCAAUAUUGACUCCGCAUUCUGUUCAGGCGCAGAUCUGAAAGAGCGCGCCAAAAUGACACAAGCUCAAACCGAAGACUUCCUCUUGAAUCUGCGCACCGCCUUCAAAGAAUUAUCCGCCCUUCAAAUCCCUACCAUCUCUGCUAUCUCCUCCAUGGCCCUGGGUGGCGGUCUUGAGUUGGCUCUGUGCACUCACCUUCGCGUCUUCGGCUCUACAAGUCUCGUCGGUCUUCCCGAAACCCGCCUGGCUAUCAUCCCGGGCGCAGGAGGUACUUACCGCCUGCCCGCGCUCAUCGGAAUGAAUCGCGCGCGCGACCUCAUUCUGACCGGGCGCCGGGUGUCUGGUCCAGAGGCCUACUUCCUGGGACUCUGUGACCGGCUAGUUGAAAUUCUUCCCGAGGAAGGGCCCCAGGAAGGCGUGGCACGCGAGCGAGUUCUACGCGAGAGUAUCAACCUGGCGCUAGAAAUUUGUGAGGGUGGACCUAUCGCUAUCAAGCAGGCUUUGCUAGCAGUUGAGGGGUCGCCACUCGGCGAGCUGGCAGAGAAUCGGGCGUAUGAGGGCGUGGUCGAAACAGAAGAUCGGUAUGAAGCAUUGCGCGCUUUCGUGGAAAAGCGCAAGCCUGUUUUCCGAGGCCGUUGA